AUGCCAAAGGUGUUCAAGAACAAAUACCAGAGAAUUUAUCAUAGUGCCGAAAGUGUCCAAGGACAAAUGCUGGAGAAUUCACCACACAAUACUGAAGGUGUUCAAGAACAAACACCAGAGAAUUCAUCAAAAUACCAAAAUGCCAAAAGUGCCCAAGGACAAAUGCUGGAGAAUUUACUACACAAUGCCGAAGAUUUCAAGAACAAACACCAGAGAAUUCAUAAUGCUGAAGAUGCCCAAGAACAAAUACCAGGCUUAACACCAAAAGCAUCCAAGAACAAACAUCAAAAAAUUCACCACACAACACCAAAAUUGCCAAGAAGAAUUCACUACAUAAUGCUGAAAGUGUUCAAGGACAAACACCCCACAUAA